AUGUCUACUUCCCUCACUUCCGAGGAGAUUGUCAAAAACACGGCCUCCGCCAUGGAGGCCGUGUGCAAAAUGUACCAGAAGCACCGGAAGAAUUUAUACGUGGACGAGUUGAACAAAAAAAAGCUGACGGGCCUGACCCCUGAGCGGAUUCCGCAGAAAGAGCUUUCUGAACACGAGUUUCUGAAAUCGCUGGAGCAGAUCAGGCGGUGCUGCGCAGACGUGGUGAAGUUGAAGGACAGCAACCGAAACGACGCCGAGGAAGCGAUAAACUAUUUCAGCACGUCGGGCGUCCUCACGGAAUUGGUCUGGAUGCUGGACCACAGCGAUUUUUCUAUGACGUUGCAGGGCGACGCACGAAGUAAGGACGUGGCGACACUUCGGGACCGGGUGAAGGUCCUGGAAAGGAGGGCGAGAAGGGUACAACUGAUGAAUGUUUUUUCCUCUUUCACUUGUUAAACCGAUCUUAUCACACUGUCAACAGAGGGCAGCUUUUAGUCACGACGUACACGCACUGUUGAUGUUUUCGAAUUCGUCGCUCUAUUUCCACGACGUUUGUUGAAAAUGAAAGUCACAAUCGUUGAAACUCCUUCCACAAAACAGCUGAAACAACCCCCUCCCUCCGACGAUUUUAUCUGGACGGAUCCGCUUCGCGACCGCGAAAGCGAGGGCACCAGAGCGUCCUCGAGUGUAGUAGAUCCCCGCAGCCACGGAAACAGCAGUUUCCAAUUACCGAAGUCGACCGCGACUUCUAUGAGCCAGCGGACUAGCGGGACGACCUCGAAAAGACGUUCCGGCGCGGCCACUUCUAAGCGAGACAGCAGUACAAAAAAGGCUUCCACCGUCGAAGGUGAUCAAAAUGCGGCGGAACACCAGAGGCAAUCUUUAUCUUCCACGACGAAAAGACAGUCGAGUACAACUUCUAAGAAGUCGACGAGUGAAGAAAAGGACGGUGAGAAUGCUACUAGGCAAUCGGAUAAGAAGUCAGAAAAUCAAGGUACCGAGGAACAAGAAGCCACUCGGCGUAGUUCCUCGGCGAAGAUGAAAGAGUCCUCUCGUGGUUCCGAAGGUGGCAAGAAGUCGCGCCAUUCCAGUGAGAACGUGUACCCGGCGAGUGCGGAGCGGAGCGGUUCCCAAGCUGGAGACCAGAACGCCAGCACGGGAGAAAGAACGUCAGACGUUGUUCACAGGUCUGCCGCUGAAGAGCAGCAGGUCGCGUUGUCCAACGCCAUACUUUCGAACCAGUUGGAAACCCACUCCGAGGGCGCGCACUCCCACCAAACCGUGUCCGCUUCGGAGUCCGAGAGAGAUCAUAGUAACAAGAAGAAACUGCUGCAGCGGCAGAACACGAACACCACCGCGAAAGACGGCGCGGACCAUAAGCAUCAUAGGUUGAAACACUUGCACAGCAAGGAGUUCGUCCGCAUCAGGCACUCGCAGUUGCACUCCGGGUUGAGUUCCAUGCACUCGGGGAUCUUAGAGGACGAUAACGACAACGCGAAUGAUAAUGACGAUCAUACUCAAAACAGCACUUCUUCGCCCGCGAAGAAAAAAUCUAAAUCAGUAGAGAACGACAAGAAGCAUCUAUCAAAAGGAAAAAUCCCCCCUCCCCAUAUCGAAACGAAAUUUCUGAUGCUGGAUUUGCUUACACAAAUCGGAUCUCUCUUGCAGUAGAGGACUGCAGGCCCAUAUCAAGCCCGAGUAGAGAGGUGCUGGCCUAGGUGCUUCGCAUGAAAAACGUCUAUGCUGUAGGCCCAAUAGCAUCACAAACCGCUUACAUAAUACUGCGGGGCCUUUGGGGUUGCCUUCUUGCAAGACAGAGGCGAUUUGUGGUCACAAAUGAGCAUGGCAAAUUUUCUGCGGUGUGCCUUUUCGAUAUGGGGAGGGGGGAUUUUUCCUUACGAUAGCAUCAUCAUCAAGAAAAGCAGCAUAGCAACCAAACGGAGCGCCCCAUGGCCGGUAACGCGGACCAACAUUCGGUGAAACAGCACCAGAUAAUGCAGGACCACGUCACCCACGCGGCUAUGAACAUCGGGUUUCGCCCCUCCCGGUCCUCCGAAAAGCGCGCCUCCGAGGGCCCAAGGGACAGCGUCAAGGGGUUCGCGAUCGUGAACAAGGCAACGGACGAAAUCCUCGAAAUUCACGCGACCAGACAAGACGCGGACUUUGCCUUCGACAAGAAAGCGUUUUUGAACGGGGUGAAGAAAGCGGACAACACCUACGGACCGGCGUCGAACAAGGCAGAGAGGGACUCCGUGGCCGCUGGGCUCGUGGCGGCCACGAGCCGGACGAGCAAUGUGGAAGAUGAUGAUAGGUUGAAGCAGUUUGAGAUUAAGGAAAUCUGGUGUAAAAUGGACCAGAUGAAGCAGCACGUGAAGUCUAUGAUUGAGGACUCGAAAGCGGCGGAGCAGAAGGGCGGGAAGCCGGGCCUCACGUCCGCGCACCAGCAGUUGCGGAAGCAGCGGUCCGACGCCCGGAUUUUCGACAAGACGCCAAAGAGUUCCAAAACGAGAAGUUUGAACCCCGACGUAGACGGGUCCGAGCCCGAGUCCAACGUUUCCUCCGCCUCCUACACGGACGAGGACGGGGCGAAACAGCGGGGGCUGUGGUUCGACCACUGGCGGGACGCCGAAGAGCCAGUGUACGAAGACAUGAUACGGAAAACGCUGUGGAACAUGGGCUUUCACAUCGGGGACGCAAACAUCCGGCAGCGACCCAUGGAACAGGCAAGGACCAGUGCGGGCGAACACAUCGACAACGUGCUCGAAGACAUGUUCGCCGAUAUGAUGUGAGCGUUUUGAUGUUGUAGUUCACCUCCGCAAGAAGUGGUGCGUUUCAAUUGAAUUUCUUCUACUCUGAAGAGCAAACUACGGCUUACGAGUUGUACGAAUUAGCAUUGGAACUGAUGGUGGUCA